UGUAGUUCACUGUUAGCAGCUUGUCCAUUCUUUUUUUUCUUUCAUUCUCAAUUUUCCUAAUCAUUUUCCUUCUCCUUGAGUUUGCAGAAAACUUUUUUUUUUUUAUGGUUGUAACAAACAUCCUUACCAAUCUUAACCCUUAAAGCCAAGAUACAGGGAGAAAAACUUUUCUCCCCAUGAUCUGAGACCAUUCCACAAAUUGAAGGGUAGCCAACAGCAUAUGCUUUUUGCAAUAAUAAUUGAAAACAUCAACUGGAGAAGACAGAAUUCUUUUGAAAGUCUGCCAGUUAUUUGAAGUAACUUUGGCAGAGGAGAAAAAAUAAAGCACUCAAUAUCUCAAUGUCUUAGUCUUUACAGUUACCUUAUAAGGAGGUGGUCUCUAAUUUGAUUUUUAGUUAUUCUGAUACAAUUUAUAUUUUACUAUUGGCUUUUUGUUUGACUAGAUUUAGGGUAUGAUUUACAUGAAAGCCUAAGUGGUAACAAAUAGACGUUUUACCAAAGCAACCUAUCUCUUUGCAUUUACUUGAAUUCAUUUUUUAACCUUUUAACAAUCAGCAGUUGUAUUGUCCUAAAGAGGGUACACUUGAUUUUAAUUUUGCUUUCAAUAUGACGGCUGUCAAUGUUGCCCUGGUUCGUGAUACCAGGUGGCUGACUUUAGAAGUCUGUAGAGAAUUUCAGAGAGGAACUUGCUCUCGAGCUGAUGCAGAUUGCAAGUUUGCCCAUCCGCCAAGAGUUUGCCAUGUGGAAAAUGGUCGUGUGGUGGCCUGUUUUGAUUCUCUGAAGAACAGUCCAGUUCAAGAAUGGAAGCUUGUUUUAGUAAAGAUAAAGGGUCGGUGUACUAGGGAUAACUGCAAGUACCUUCACCCACCUCCACACCUAAAAACGCAGCUGGAGAUUAAUGGAAGAAACAAUCUGAUUCAACAGAAGACUGCCGCAGCCAUGUUCGCCCAGCAGAUGCAGUUUAUGCUCCAAAAUGCUCAGAUGCCAUCAGUUAAUUCUUUUCCUAUGAAUCCAUCACUUCAAGCUAAUGCUACCAUGGCUUUCAAUCCUUACUUACCUCAUCCUGGGAUGGGCCUGGUUCCUGCUGAACUUUUACCAAAUGCACCUGUUCUGGUUCCUGGAAACCCACCUCUCGCAUUGCCAGGAGUCACUGGUCCAAAACUGAUGCGUUCAGAUAAACUGGAGGUUUGCCGAGAAUUUCAGCGUGGAAAUUGUACCCGUGGUGAAAAUGAUUGCCGCUAUGCUCACCCUACAGAUGUUUCCAUGAUUGAAGUAAAUGAUAAUACUGUGACGAUCUGCAUGGAUUACAUCAAAGGUCGAUGCUGCCGAGAGAAAUGCAAGUACUUUCAUCCUCCUGCACACUUGCAAGCCAAACUCAAGGCAGCUCAUCACCAGAUGAACCAUUCAGCUGCCACUGCCAUGGCACUUCAGCCUGGUGCACUUCAGCUGAUACCGAAGAGACUGGCAAUUGAAAAGACCAAUGGUGCCACCCUGGUCUUCAACCCCAAUAUUUUCCACUGCCAACAGGCCCUGCCUAACCUGCCACUCCCACAGCCAGCAUUCAUCCCUGCAGGGCCAAUACUGUGCAUGGCACCCACUCCAAGUAUUGUGCCCAUGAUGCACGGUGCUACACCUACCACUGUGUCUGCAGCAACAACACCUGCCACCAGCGUCCCCUUCGCUGCAACAGCUACAGCCAAUCAGAUACCCCAAUUAUCAAUAGAUGAACUGAAUAGCAGCAUGUUUGUUUCACAGAUGUAGAAGUUACCAGUAGAACAUUGAAAUACUGAACAGCAGAGUUACGGAACAUCGGAAUAUCUCCAUGAGACGCUCCAUAUGGCCUUUCUAUAUAUAUAUUCACGUAUGUCCUCUUCUACCAACUCAACACUAAGUGUGGUGCAGUCAAUACAUUAAGCAAAGCAAAAAUACCAACUAACAAAUUCAAAUAAUGAAAAACAAAGCAUUAAAAAGUCAAUAGAGAUGUUAAAACAAAAUAUGAAUACAUCAAUAAUUUACCAUCCAUCUUAUUUGAAUUUGUCAGGUAGAAUAUGACCAUAAAAUGUUGUAAUUUGUUACAUUACCCUUUGUCAUUUUCCAACAACCAUUAUGCUGAGUGCAUCUCCACAGGGGAUUAUUGUUGGUUUACUGUACAUUCUUGGUGGAUAAAUGUUUGUCUGUAUUUGAAGUGUUACCUUACUGUUUUGUUUACACAAUAGUCUGUUGGGUUGAUUUAGAAUGUAUCAAAUAUAUCCAGUACCAUUUUCCCCAUUAUUGUAUUGUGUUAGGUUUUUCAUACUAUAGUGUUUUUCUGUAUAUGUGUGGUGUUUGAUUUCAACUAAAAUGUCAUUAGUGGGAAACAGAAAUAUGUGCUUGAAAACUGACAAGUUAAUGUUAAUAUGCUCUCUCUUUAGGAUAUUUCUGUAGUUUUCUUGGGGCUGACACUUAAAAUGCCUCACUUUUGAUUGUACAAAAACCUGCUCAUAAGCAUGCAUGUGUAGAAUUGGAACUUGGAGAUUUGACCUUGCAACAUAAGGUCACACUACUAGAUUUGUUGCAAGUGAAAUAGUUACCUGCACAAAACAGGGAACUUCUUAAAACAUUAACUCCUCAUUUUACUCCUUUUAAAUAACUCCUUGAAAACCAAGAAUUUACCUUUGAAUCAAUUUCUCAGCAUUUAUACUACAAAUUGUGUAAAGAGCCCAUUGCAUUUUUUUCAUGGCUCAAGGAUCCUGUCGCCUAGGUUGAGUGUCUACAACUGAGCCAUUUGUCAUCUUCAGCUGAGAAACUAGUAAUUGGAGGCAUAAAGGUAUACUAAUUAUAGGUUAUAAAUUAAACAGAUGUGGGUGUGGAGAUAGUUUUUACAGAUUGGAGAAAAGUGUAACCUUUUACACAAGUGCCAUUUUCAACUGCAAAUGGCUCAUCCUCUUUAGACUACUCUUUGAGUAAUAAGUAUGAUGCAGUCUAGCAAAAGUCAGUCAGGGUGAAAGAGAAUUGAUUCCAAAUGAGGCCUUUCCUCCCCAAAUUGGACAAUCUUCUGCAUUGUGAUUGCAAGCAUAGCUUGAGUACAGGUUUGGCAAAAUGGUGGGCAGGGGAGGGAGGCAUUUAAAAUUAUUCUUUGAUUUAUUCAAAAGUUCUGGGAAGGAUGUCCACAUCUGUCUUUAGCUUCAGUUCAACUGAGCUUCAAGUUUAGUUAAACACAUCAGCAAAGAAGCAAGCACCUAUGAUAUAUGGAAAGUGUUUCCUCACACAAACUUUUGUAACAUCGGAGUCUCUCAGAUCAUAACCAAGCCUCUUUUUGUCUGUUGGGACUUGUUUAUCCUUAUAUGCAUUUGAAAAUUAGAAUAGAGAGACUUUUAGCACCCUUUUUAGACACAAUGGCUAAACUCCACAGAGCUAAACUGAAUUCACAUUACUAAUACUUAUGAAAUAAUUUUACAACCGAAUAAAAUAGUAAUUAAUUCCUAUGGUAUGGAGCAUACCCCCUCUACUCUACUCAAUAAUUAAAGUUACUAUUAUGAUACAGUGGAAACCUGACAUUUUACAUCAACUUAGAUAGAUUUAAUAUUUUCUAAUGAAUAUAUAUUCUCUUACUGGAAAGUAUAAAAUCAUCAGACUUGAUAUGUAUAAAAGGUUUGUUUUUCUCCUUCAUGAAAAUGACAAGCAGAGAAAAAAAUAUCUGAUUUAGGAUACCUUAAGUUGGCUAGUAGUGUUCCAAUUACAGAACAAUGGUAAUGGCAGAGACCUUUUCACAGUAGAUAAAACUGAGGCCCAGGGCAUAUGGCUUGCCCAAAGCUACCUAGCUAAUUGGUGGCAGUUGGACCCAGAAAUAUUUCUUGAAUCUCAAUUGUUCCACCAUUUUACCUUGUUUGUGCUUCAGAACAUUUGAGACUCCAUCCUAAAGUAGAGCAAUUUGACUCAGAAUCCAAAAAGCAAAAUUAACUCUCUGGUAAUUGAUAUCCUAUUGAUCUUAAUCAUCAGUCCACAACAUGAUCAAAAUGAUUUUUAAAUGAUCUUACUUAUAUCUGUUAACUGUCAUCCAUUAACAGUAUUGCUUGGAGUUAGAGAACUAAGAGGUGUCUUGAUUUUUACCUAUUGAUUCUUUGAACUACUUGGUUUGUUUCCAAAAAUCUUACCAUUGUUAAAGAAAGUAGAUCAUGCCUUUUGUGUAUGGAACUGAGUUUUGUAUAACUUGUGCCAGUGCCUCUCUAGAAGGGUGGACCUGAUAACAUGAAGCCAGGAAAGAUGCACCUGAGCUAGUCUGGAUGUAUUCUUUAAAGGAUAUGGGGACAUUGUCAGUGCAAAACGAAUUUUUGUGUAGUUCAACAUUUUGAUGCAACAUCCGGUCUCAUGUAACUUUUUAGACUUCUGGCAAAGAUGUACCUAGAUUUUUAAAAACCCUAGGGUACAGCUGUUUUCAUGUUGCUUUAAGCACUGGAAAUCAUUGAUAGGUUCAGUGAAGUGUAUGCAGGGUAGUUGCAUUUUUGGUGCCACAAACUUAUUAUAUUGUUGGCAUAUUUAAAGUUGCUUUGCAAAUGAAUUUAAAGAAACAAAGCUCAAAGCACUGAAGUUUUGAUGAUGUUAAAAAUAAUUUUGACAAAAUGCAAUUUUAAGAUAGCACUCUUUAAACUAGCUGUGCAAUGACUUACUCAAAUUUUCUUUAUUCAAGAAAAGAAGAGAGUCAUUAGACUAUAAAUUUCCAGAUAAAAAGACAAGUCACAAAACUAAUCAGUGACUCUAAACAAAAAUUUACUUGAUGAACUGUAUAUAUAAAAUUCUAACCACUUCUGAUUCUUAAGUAACAUUUUAAAGCUUUGUGUUUUUCAUGGCCCUCUGGUUUUAUUUAUCCAAAGUUAUUGUUUUGUCCAUUUCUCUCAGUCUUUUGCAAAAAUAUGCAGGAAUGCUGAAAUGUAGAUAAAAUAGGUCAUAUAUACAGAGAAAGUAAUCUUAAAGUUAUCAUUUAAGUGGUAUUUAUUAGUGACAAUUAAAAAAACACACUAUGUGACCAUAAACAUAAGAAUAUUUUAAAGAGGGAUUAAAAUUAAAAUUAAAUUAAAUGGAUUCAUAAAAUUGCUAUUUAAAUGCAGUAUUUCCUUUUGCAAUUGGAGCAUGAUUCCACAACCAGCUGUUGCAUUUCAUUUCAAUUUUUUACCUUAGAGUCUUUAAUUUGUGGUUAAUUGUGAUGUGGAAAGCCAUCUUCUCUCUACUCCAUCAGUCUCCACCAUCCGUUUUUAAACAUGCUAAAGCACUUUGAUCUUUCCAUAAGUGUUGUCCUACACCAUAAGCUGUGUCCCCUAAUAGGGCAGCCUCGAUUCACCUGCUCUCCAAUUUGGGAAAAGCAAGUACCUCCUCCCUGCCAUAGCAGGAACAGAAUGAAAUUAAUCUUGACAAUCUGAAUCUGCUGUUACUGACAUGACUAGUAAGCAUAGUGAUGUGUAAAUAAGGAACAAUAGUGACAUUACAUUUUAUUAAAUAAGAGAGCAGGCCAAAGUGCUACUUGAGAUGUUAUAUGGUUCUUUUUUUUAAUCCCCCUUUGGAGAGUGCGGAUGAGGAUGCUCUUAGAUAAAAUGCAGCCACAAAUUGUCUGAGUUCUUUUAGGCUGUAAAGUAGGCUGUGAUGCACAGAAUCAUUAGUAACUGGAAUCCUCAUUCUUUUUAUCCCUUCUAUAAUUCACAUCACACAUGUUGAAAUAAAUAUAGGUAAAAUUUAUGAGAGAAAUCUGAUUUCCUGAUCCUGUUGAAGAGAUUUAGUAAGAUAGUGGCCUAAUUUUACCAAUGCCUAUCAAAGAAGGCAAUAGAAUAAACAGUAUGUAGGAGUAUAACAACUUUUUUUUGCAAAUUUAGGUGAUGGCCUAAUCAAACUGUAAAUAUUACUACAAAUAUAGGUUCUGAGCACCAACUCACUAAUUGGUGCCAUGUUUCCAGUUUUCUUAUUGUUAGUUCUUAAGGUUUUUAUUCUAUUACUUUUAUAUAUCUCUAAGUAACUAAUGAAUUUAACUUGAAGGAGAGUUAGAGAAAGUUUAAGUUUUUACUACAUGUAUUUAGCUGCCUAGAUAUGGUCUAAACUGACACUGAAGCAUGACAAGAUCUAGAUUAUAGUCCAUAACUGUUCUUUACAGUUCACAGUUUAAGAACAAAUUUAACUUUAUAUACAAAUAAUGAUUAAUUGUUAACUAAUUAUAUUUAGUCGUUGCUUUGGCAAUGAAACUACAACAUGGCUACCUUUAGACACAUUUUUUGUGUGUGAAAAUUUUACUUGUAAACUAUACAUGGUUUGUGACAGUAUGAGCUUGUAGAAAAUACAGCUCAAAAUUCUCAACACGGAUGUGGUUGUUUUUGUUUUUGUUUUUUUCUUUAAUCCCAAAGACCCAUGUGAAAGCUGAAUUUGUGUCCUAUGUGACUUUUUGCUCAAAAAGUUUACAACACAUGGAUUCUAGAGUCAGGUUUCAUAGCUUAUAGAAUUUUUUUGUGUGGAUAGGGUUAUUCCACAGUAUUUAGACUUCAAAACACAAUCAUUGCAUUUAUAAUACAUUAUCUGGCCGUUUUUGUGCUUUUGCUUAUUCAGAAUUAAUUCAAGUGGCAUAGAUGUAGCUGGAAAAAUUCUGUUUUCUGGAAUUACAUGCUUACACGAAUAUAUCUAAGUGAGGAUUAAAGCAUAACUAAAGCAUAUUUGGAAAUUAAUUCAUAUUUGUAAAUUCGUACAUAAAGAUACUGUGGAAUGACCCCAUAACAGUGUUUAAGAGACAUAUGCUGCAGUUAACUGGUUGUCUCAGUUAGGGUGUGAAUGUGUGAGACACAUCUUUUUUGCACUUAUGUACAUAGUCCAUGAAAGCAAUCCUUGGAGCUUUCUUUGAAUAUAAGAAGUCUGUGAUAAUAGUGGAAAAGUUUCUGAGAGUUAUUUCCAAGACUUUGAGAAGGAGGGAAUUUUGCUGUAAGAUUUAACUAAAGCAUGAUGUUGCUUUGCUGUUGUGGAGGAUUUCUAAUUUUCUACAGAUCACCAAAAGAAAAGACUGGUAACAGGCAACAAACAGGUCAACUUCAGUUUACAGCACUGAACAAGAGUAACAGUACUUCGCCAUUUAGUAAGACCACUAGCAAAGAUUGUUUGCUUUUUAAAAUUAUUCCUCACUCUAAACACAAACACACAUACCAGGCAUGUUUCUGGCUGAGGUUUUGUUUUCAGUGGUUACAAGCAGUGGAAUAGCCUAUGGAAUUACAAGACGGAUGUUUCCACUAGAAUCAAAUCAGAUUUCAACUUUCACGGAAAAUUAUCAAUUGAUAUGUAUCAAUUAAUAUAUAGUUAGGUGACAAUCAAAUAGUUAACCCUGACCACUAGUUCUCCUUUAAGAUCCAAAACCCAAAACCAAAUUAGAAACCAUUGAAAGAUUUCAUAUUAACAGGUAAGUAUGGCCAGCAUAGGGCAUAUGAUUUCCUUCAACAAAGGGAAAAAAGGUUCCUGGCAUAACUUUAUAAAUGGCUUUAUUUACAUUAAACCUGUUCAGUGGAGGCUGUUUUCUGAUGUAACUUUACCAGAUUGGAAAGUACUUCACUGCACCACUUCAGCCUCCCACUGUUUGCUUUAAAUAAACAGAAAAAAAAGUCAAAAUCUUAAAUAACAUAGGAGCUGGAAGAGAGUGUUUCAGUCAGAUCAUCUCUGUCCCACAUCACCUACAGAUCUCCAUUUAACAUUGUGGUUGCCAUCAGGCAAUAAGGCCUAGAGAGUGUUAAGGUUAGAAAGGUUUAAGGAUCCAUCAUUGUCACCACAGAUACUUUGAGUCCUUCACAUCUUGCUCUGGAGAAGGAGCCCAUCCUGGGUUUGGGGGGGUUGGUAUUAAUGUUGCUACCCAUUUUGAUUGCUCUCACUAUAGGGACAAGAAAAUAAACCAAAGCCAGAUAGCAGUCCAAGCCUUACAGUUGUCCAAUAGCUCAGGGCCAGGGUGGCUAGAAAUUUCAAUUUUUUUACUCUCAGGCAUAAUCACUUAGAGUCAGCCAUACAGCAGCCCCACCAUCAGAUUCAGCAUCCCCCUUGAUAUAAAAUACAUGUAUUCAUUCAUUCUAUAGUUAGGAAUUCCAACUUUAGUCUUAUUACCAAUAUAUUUUCCCAAUUUAACCUAUGUCCUUGUGUUGACAUUUCUUUAUGAAUCUAUAAGCCACAAGAAUGUAUUUUCAUGAGGUCAGUAGAGAUAUUGUAAGAUUUUACAUCAGAAAGAUUUGUCUACAAAAUAGUAGGAAUGAACCUAGAACCUAGAAAACUAUUAAUAUUCCAGCAUAUUAAUCCCAAUCUUUAGAAAUUCUAAUAUACAAUUUAAAAUUGUGAUUUUGUUCACAAAAGAUAUCCAAUGAAUCAAUGGCAUGGUGUGUAGGCUGACAGCCACUGGGUCAUACUCUUUGGAGCUUAGCACUCAGUGGCUGUGUUUGCAGAAGUAAAAUAAAUUAGAGAAUGACACAUAACUGAGAAUGUGUAUACCUGAGGCCAAAAAAAGAAGCUCUAUUAAUAAUUCCAGAAAAGGGUAAAAUUUGACUAAUUCAUAAAGUUUCCAGCCCCUCUACCACCUUUAUCUGUAAGAGACACCCAUUAACACUCAAAAACAGGAUUAUUCCAGAAAAAAAUAAACUUUGACUAGAACCCAUCCUCAAUUAUGUAUACCUAGAAGGAAAACAAAUAUAUCACUAUGAAAUAAGUCACUGCUAUUUGCAGAUAUUGCAAAAAUCUUUGCUAGUGCUCUUCUACAUCAUAUUACUUUAAUUAAAAAAAAUACCUCUGUAACAAGACCUAAAAGUAACCCAAGAAUAAAGCAGUGCUUUUUUUCUCCCAAAACAUACAACUUAAAGAUUUAUCUGUCACAGAACUACAUGGUUCCGAAGCUUUAUUUCUGUAUACAGAUGCUAUUAGUGAUGGAAACCAAAUCAUUUUGUUGCUACAUCUUUUGUGUCUAGCAGUUGAGAGGAUGAUAUGACCAUCAGCUAUUGGAUUCUGGAAUUUUCCAUUUCAAAAUAAAUUUCCCUUUUUUACAAUUGUUGUUGCUUUAAUUGUUAAAAAUGAGCCAUUUGUUAUUAUGCCCCCAGAUUACAAUCAUUUAUAUUAAGAUUUACAGCAGAUGCUCUUGUUUUACUAUAACAACAAUCCAGAUAAUGUAGAAAAUGGAAGCCAAUAUUUUGGGCAAAAGAAAAUAUUGAUUUAAAAAUACCUGUAGAUAAGAAAAAUUAUCCCUAUGAACAAUUAUAGAUUUAAAUAAUGACCAGAAUAUUUCACGAAUAUAAACUGUUCCCCUAAUAUUUUGCCUCCAAAAUGCAACAGUUCAUUCUCUCAGCUGCUCUCAAUAGGGCAGAUGCUUUGUUUUUGUUUUGCCAAGUUAUAGUGCUAUAGUGCUUGUUUGUGUUUAGAAUUAUACUUUAUGCAACUCAUUUUAUUAUACUAGUUCUAUGUUGGUUAUUUUUUGUUCAUUUAAUAAAAUGUGUAAAUUUCU